AUGGCUCACGCGGCUGUUAGCUCUUGGGAGGAUUUCCGCCUCGUCAAAUUUGACAAUGUGGCCGAAACCCAUCGAGUGAGCUGCAACCUGAUAGCUAGCGUCUUCCCUCCCCACCACUGCUGUGUGCUCGGUUAUUCGGACUCGGGCACGGGCACGGACCGCCAAGCCAUCAUCGUCUCAAUCACGACCCUGCUGCUA